AUGUCCAUCAUGAUUAAAGUAGCUAUUGCGAUCGCCUUUAUGGCUUUCGCAACCACAGCUGCUUCUGAUCAGGAUGGCUCAGCGGCCGUGGAUUGGAAUCACACGCCUAACAUUGGUAUUCAGGUUAACCUCGUUCUCCGAGUGCUCUUUGCCAUCAUCGGUACUGGGCUAUGUUGGCCGCCGCUUCGGACGCUAUGGCGCUAUGGUGACCUUCCGGGAGUAACACUCAUCAUAGUCGUGGCGAUAAUGAACUUUUUCACUGUCCUAAAUGCAAUGAUUUGGAGCAAUGACAACUGGGACGACUGGUGGGAUGGCAAGGGACUUUGUGAUUUACAAGUAUAUUUGUCGACGCCGAUGAAGACCAUCUACGCGGCUACUAUCCUUGUCACCGUCUACGAGCUGUCGAAGAAGUUUAACGUUAGGCGAGCGAUACAACUACACUCCCGAGAGGACAGAUACCGAGAAUUGAAACAAGCUCUUGUCAUCUUCGCGGUUCCGUUCAUCCAGUUGGUCAUGACGUACUUCACCAUCUCACAGCGGUACAAGGUCGGCACGCUUAUCGGGUGUAUCGCUGAGUACGACAACAGUUGGCCAAAAAUAAUAUUUUUUGAUGUGCCGAACCCAAUCUUUGUGGUCUUGUCCAUACCGUUUACCUUUUGGGCAUAUCUACGCUAUAGAAGAUACUCUAGAGAUAGCCAAGUAGCAAUCGGGUCCAACAACCUGGCGAUAGCCCGACGUAUUCGGCUACGCCGUCGCCUAUACAAUGUUACAGCGUCAAUCAUGCUUAUAUAUGCCCCGGUAUCAUUCUUCUUACUAGCCAAAAACAUUCAAAAGGCAGUUCAAUCGCCACCCAUGGCGUACGACUUCCGUCAUAUACACAACGACGCAAACCCAUACCCAUGGGACUCUGUUACAUUUGUGCCAUCGUGGGACCUGGAGUGGCUCGAAACGAACCAACCGUGGUUCGCGAUUUUGACGACGGUGACUAUCAUUGGUUUCUUCGGCACAAGCGAAGAUUGCUUCCCCGUAUACCGUGGGUAUAUGGUAUGGCUGGGUUUAGGACGGUGCUUCCCGCGUAUCCGAAAGCAGGAGACUCCUCCCAGUGAACCUCACUAUAUUGAUGACCCUGAGGACUUGCUUCGUAACGGAAUCGAGCUUGUGGAAAUGGGCGGCGCAAAUAGGGGGGUGGCAGAGCGCAGAAUGCCUGCCGAUCUCCAUAAUGUCUCGAGCUCAGGUUCUGAUACCAAUGAGAUUCUAUCUCCGCGCCGGCCAGUGACACCGCAGCAGCCGCUCCCGCCACCCUCGGUGGCUUCAUCACUACCGCCGUCCCCAUCACAGUUUCCCAUGCCCCCGUUGCGGCGCCCCCUUCCUAUGCCCAUGGAUCGAUUGGAUAGCAUAAGAAGGAACAUAAAUAUGCCAGGAAGUCCCCUCGAACGUGUUGUCAUCCAAGCUCUUAUCCCGGAACGACGCUCAUCACUACAGGGACAGCAAUCCCCCUCGCCUUUCCGUGCGCCAGUAAGCAGACACCCGCGCGUACCUCACAGCUAUCUCUCGAGUUUCCAUCGAGACGACUCGUCCGUCGCCGGUCCAUCUCGUUCCCACGCCCGCACGCACUCCGAGCGUUCCGAUUCCCAACCGAUUCUGGCGGCAACCGCCGAGCACGUCACGGAAUCUCCCCGCACAGCAACACCCGCGCGCCGCCAAGUAUCGCAACAGGCCGUCCAGCCACUGGAGCUGCUCGACGACCAGUCAAGCUGGAGCGGAACCCGGCGACUUACGGCUGACAACGUAGUCUGGCCAUUCUUCUCACGCACCACGUCGACGUCCUCGAUAGCCCGACCCCGAGAAACCGCUAACGCCAUCGCCGCGGCCAACGAGAGCCCAGUCCGUUCGACCGACAACAACUUCGUGCGCGUGCAGAUCACCGGCACUUUCUCACCGUCGUUGCCGUCACCGCCUCCCCCGGCGGAGCAGCGAGGAAGAGGCCGAAGAAUCCCGCGAGAGCUGUUGAACCGGGUUGGACGAAACGCUCCCAGAAACGGAAACAGAAACUAA